AUGCUGUCUGCUCUCCUCGAUUCCGAAUUUAUACGUUAUCCGCCCUCCUCCGAUGCUGAAUCAGCGCUGUCCGGCCCUCCUCCGAUAAAUGAGACACGUUGUCCGCCCUCCUCCGAUGCCGAGCAUUUAUCCGUUGUCCGCCCUCCUCCGAUGCCGAAUUUAUCCGUUGUCCGCCCUCCUCCGAUGCCGAAUUUAUCCGUUGUCCGCCCUCCGAUGCCGGAAUUUAUACGUUGUCCGCCCUCCUCGAUUUAUCCGUUGUCCGCCUCCGAUCCGCCGAAUUUAUACGUUGUCCGCCCUCCUUCGAUGCCGAAUUUAUCCGUUGUCCGCCCUCCUCCGAUGCCCCGUUGUCCGCCCUCCGAUGCCGAAUUUAUCCGUUGUCGCCCUCCUCCGAUGCCGAAUUUAUCCGUUGUCCGCCCCUCCUCCGAUGCCGAAUUUAUAUGUUGUCCGCCCUCCUCCGAUGCCGAAUUUAUACGUUGUCCGCCCUCUCAAUUUGAUGCCGAAUUUAUCCAUUGUCCGCCCUCCUCCGAUGCCGAAUUUUAUCCGUUGUCCGCCCUCCUCGAUGCCGAAUUUAUACGUUGUCCGCCCUCCUCCGAUGUCCGUUGUCCGCCCUCCUCUGAUACCGAAUUUAUCAUUGUCCGCCCUCCUCCGAUGCCGGGAACGUUUCCUCCAGUGCUGGUUGUCCGUUGUCCGCCUCUCGAUGCCGAAUUUAUACGUUGUCCGCCCUCCUCCGAUGCCGAAUUCAUCCGUUCUCCGCCCUCCAUCGAUGCCGAAUUAUACGUUGUCACCCUCCUCGAUGCGGAAUUUAUGUUGUCCGCCUCCUCCGAUACCGAAUUUAUACGUUGUCUGCCCUCCUCCGAUGCCGAAUUUAUCCGUUGUCCGCCCUCUCCGAUGCCAAUUUAUACUUGUCCGCCCUCCUCCGAUGCUGUUAUCCAUUGUCCGCCCUCCUCCGAUGGCGAAUUUAUCCAUUGUCCGCCCUCCGAUACCGGGUUUAUACGUUGUCCGCCGCCUCCGAUGCCCGGUGUCCGAUGUCCGCCUCCUCCGAUGCUGAAUUUAUAUUGUUGUCCGCCACUCCUUCGAUGCCGAAUUUGCGUUGUCGCCCUCCUCCGAUGCGAAUUUAUCAUUGUCGCCUCCUCCGAUGCCAAAUUUAACCGUUGUCCGCCCUCCUCCCGAUGCUGCGAAUUUGAUCAUGUUGUCCGCCCUCCUCCGAUGUCGAAUUUAUCCAUUGUCCGCCUCCUCCGAUGCCGAAUGCGUUCAGUUGUCCGCCUCCGAUGCCGAAUUUGCCCGUUGUCUGCCCUCCUUCGAUGCCGAAUUUGCUCUUGUCCGCCUCCUGAUUGCGAAUUUACCAUUUAUCCGCCCUCCUUCGAUGCCGAAUUUUACCGUUGUCCGCCCUCCUUCGAUAUCGGGAAUCCGUUAUACGUUGUCCCCUCCUCCCAGAUGUCGAAUUUCCAUGUUGUCCGCCUCCUCGUCCUCCGAUGUCCGAAUUUGUCCAUUGUCCGCCCUCCUCCGAUGUCGAAUUUAUCCAUUGUCCGCCCACUCUCCGAUGCCGGGAACCGUUGUCGCCCGCCUAUCCGUUGUCCGCCCCCUCCGAUGCCGAAAUUUGACCAUUGUCCGCCCUCCUCCGAUGCCAAUUUAUCUGUUGUCCGCCUCCCCCGAUGCCGAUGCGUUGUCGACUCCUCUGAUAUCCGUUGUCCGCCCUCGCUUCGAUGUCAAUUUAUCAAAUUGUCCGCCCUCCUGAUGUCGAAUUUAUCCAUUGUCCGGUCCUCCUCUGAUGCUGAAUGA